ACAGAAGAAAAUUUCACGUGAGUGAGACAGAACGCGAAAAAAUAUUCCACAAAAAAUAAUCCUCAGAUAAAAAAUGAGUUUACUCACAAGAUCAGCUUUACUUGCGAGCUCUACGCUUAGAAAUGGAGCAAAAAUUCUCAGUGCCGCACAACAAAAGCGUCAAUUGAAUGUACAAGAGCAUGUCUCUUACACAUUCCUUAACGAAGCUGGAAUUGCAACACCAAAGUUUGGUGUAGCGAGCUCAGCAGAUGAAGCUGAAAAGAUCGCAAAGGAUUUGAACACAAAGAAUCUUGUGUUGAAAGCUCAAGUACUUGCAGGUGGCCGUGGAAAAGGUGCCUUUAAAAAUGGAUUAAAAGGAGGCGUUCGCGUCAUCUACUCACCACAAGAAGCAAAAGACAUUGGCGGAAGAAUGAUCAAUCAACUGCUUGUGACAAAGCAAACUGGUGCUGCUGGAAGAAUCUGCAACUCAGUUAUGGUGGCAGAAAGAAAAUUUCCACGUCGUGAAUUCUAUUUUGCUGUUAUGAUGGAACGUGCCUUUAACGGUCCCGUCCUCAUCGCAUCAUCACAGGGAGGUGUCAACAUUGAAGAAGUCGCUGCUGAAAAUCCAGAUGCAAUCAUCUAUGAGCCUAUCGAUAUCAACAAAGGUCUUUCCAAGGAACAAGCCUUGAAAAUCGCCCAGACAGUUGGACUUGAUGAUCACCUUGAAAGUACCGCUCAGAUGCUUUUGAAUCUUUAUGAUUUGUUCUGCAAAAAAGACGCACUUUUGGUUGAAAUUAAUCCGUACGCUGAGGAUGCUGGCGAAACUCAUUUUGCUCUUGAUGCUAAAAUGAGAUUCGAUGACAAUGCUGAAUUCCGUCAAAAAGAUCUUUUCUCACGUCGUGACUUCUCACAAGAAGAUCCAAAAGAAGUCGCUGCAGCUGAGUUUGAUUUAAAUUACAUUGCACUUGAUGGUUCUAUUGGAUGUAUGGUCAAUGGUGCUGGUCUUGCCAUGGCUACAAUGGACAUCAUCAAACUUCAUGGUGGAGAUCCCGCAAAUUUCUUAGACGUUGGUGGCGGUGCUACAGCAAAUGCUGUUAAAGAAGCUUUCAAAAUCAUCACAGCUGAUCCUAAAGUUCAUGUGAUUCUUGUUAACAUCUUUGGUGGUAUCAUGCGUUGUGAUGUCAUAGCUGAGGGUAUCAUUGCUGCAACUAAAGAGCUUAGUCUUACAUUGCCGAUUAUUGUUCGUCUUCAAGGAACGAACGUCAAUGAAGCCAAGGAAUUGAUUCGUAAAUCGAAACUUCGCAUUCUACCAAAGGAUGAUCUCGAUGAAGCUGCAAUGCUUAGCGUUCAUUUAUCACAAAUCGUUCAUCUUGCACGUGAAGCUCAUCUCAACGUUUUGUUCGAAUUAGAUCCGGUACAUCAUCAUUAAGAAGAGUCUCAGAUGAUGCAAUUCUAAAUACUUAUCUGAUUAUCCUUUAAACUUUAUGGGAAAAAACAAAUUUUACAUGUUUGCACAUAAAUAUCCUUAUCGCCCACCCCCGCUAAUGCUAAAACCAUCGAAUUGCGUCGAAUGCACGAGUUUCUCUUAUUGGACAUCAAUUUAGACAAUUUAACCAUUUAAUUUAUUCAUAAAAUUUAAAAGUGCGUAAUAAAGCUGAGAACAAGAGUUGUUAAAUGUAAAUUUUCUUUUCUUUUAUUAAAAUCUUUCUUAUCGAUAAUUAAAUUAGCAGAAUACAAAAUC